ACAGCAGCAGCUGGCGCUGGCUGGAACCUCAGCCGGCACUCCCAACGCCAGCAUGCCUCGGCCGCUGGGAACCUGGCUUCCGGACGCCAUGUGGUCCGCCGCAACCGCCGGUGCGCCGCCUGCGUCGGGGUCCACCGCGCCCCCAUGGCAUGUGCUGCUGCCGCAGCCGCCGCCUCACCCCACCGCAGCGCCCUCUUGCCAGCCCCAUGCAACUGCGGGGCCAUCAGCAGCCGCUGCUGCAGGGGCGCCUCGCGCCACCGCGCUGGCCCCGCCUGCGCUGCUGUGCUGCUCAGCGCAGGAGGCAGUGGCGCACGGCCGGGCGCAGCUGCAGCUGCAGGCCACGUUGUUUCAGUUGCUGCUGGAGGGCAUGUGGGCGGCACCGCUGCUGCCGCGGCACCGGCCGCAGCUGCCGCCGCCGCCACCGCAGCAGCCCCCACGCCACAGGCAAGGGGCGGCCUUGACAGGAGCACGUGGCGGCAGCAGCGGUGCGGGAGGCAGGCAGGGCGCAGAGGAGGUGGUGUGGGAGCGGUGGCUUGCGCAGUGCCGGUUGGCGCAUCUGCUGUUGUUCAAGGGCGCGUGGAACAGGUUGUGUAGCGUGGUGGAGUUGCAGGAGGAGG